UUGGCUUUCCUUGCUCCUCUCUACUGUCCUCUUCUUUCUCUUGGCCUUCUCGACACGGCUCAGUUGUUCUAUGCGGGAUGAGACAAUUUGAGUGCCAAAGGAUGGGGACACCUUUGUUUUAUCAAUGGAAAACGCUUUGGAGCAGCCCAAUUUUGAGCAUCUUGGCUUUCCUGGUCUUCCUCGAUCCGGACCAACAAAUUAAAAGGCGGUUCAUUCUCACCAUCGUCACCAUUGGAGCUCUGCUCCUCUUAUUGUUCUCUGAGCUUUUAGGGUCUACCAAACACCCUGUGACAGUCAGGGAAUGGAGGAGCAGAGCACUCUGCCAUUGCUACAGAAGGAGUACCACCUUGACUGCCCUGGUUGUGAUUAUGACCGGAAGAGGGACCUCCAAGAGGGUCUGCCUUACAAGGAGUUCUUGUAUAUCUGGAUGAUCUGCCUUACUGCUGCUUUACCGGUGUCAUUGCUAUUCCCAUUUUUGUAUUUCAUGACAAGAGACUUGCAUGUUGCAGAAAGAACAGAAGAUAUAGGGUUCUAUGCAGGAUUUGUGGGCGCUUCAUUUAUGCUUGGUAGAUGCUUAAUUUCAACUGUUUGGGGAAUAGCAGCAGAUCGCAUUGGGAGAAAACCAAUUGUCAUGUUUGGCAUUUUCUCCGUGGUCGUAUUUAAUACUUUGUUUGGGCUUAGUACUAGUUAUUGGAUGGCAAUAGCUACAAGAUUUCUCCUUGGCGCUCUAAAUGGUUUGCUUGGGCCAAUUAAGGCUACCAAAGUUUGCAGAACUGAACAUCAAGCUCUGGGCCUAUCACUUGUCAGCACGGCUUGGGGAAUAGGUUUGAUCAUUGGUCCUGCUCUUGGUGGUUACCUUGCACUGCCUGCAGAAAAAUUUCCAAACGUGUUUUCACCUGACUCAUUCUUUGGAAGGUUCCCGUAUUUGUUGCCAUGCUUAUGCUCAUCGCUCUUUGCUGUUGUUGUUCUUGUGAGCUGCAUAUGGAUGCCGGAGACGUUACACAUGCAUAAUGUAUGUGAAAAUGAAAAUAAAAAUUUUGAAGCUUUGGAGGCCCACCUGAAUGGCUACGAAGAGAGGUUUGAACAAACUUCUAGUUUCGAUGACAGGAAGAGUUUAUUCAAGAAUUGGCCCUUGAUGUCAUCCAUAAUUAUGUAUUGUGUAUUCUCAUUUCAUGAUAUGGCUUAUACAGAGGUGUUCUCUUUAUGGGCUGAAAGUGACAAAAAGUAUGGUGGCCUUAGUUUAUCAUCUGAGGAUGUAGGUCAAGUGCUUUCAGUUACAGGUAUCAGUCUUCUUGUAUAUCAACUCUUUGUAUAUCCUCAUAUUAAUAAGAUUCUUGGACCUCUCAAUUCUUCUCGAAUUGCAGCUAUUUUGUGUAUACCUAUUCUAUUUGCCUAUCCCUAUAUGACAUAUCUGUCAGGAAUUGGACUAUCGAUCAUUUUGAAUAUUGCAUCAGUGCUAAAAAAUAACCUUGGUCAUCAAGACCAAAGAGGAGCUGCAAAUGGACUGUCCAUGACAGUAAUGUCCUUAUUCAAAUCAGUCGCUCCUGCAGGGGCAGGCAUUGUGUUUUCUUGGGCACAAAAACGCCAUCACGCUUUCUUCUUUCCAGAAGGUACUGAACCAGCAGUUGCACAAGCUAAGAAAGACAGACGAAGGUAUGGCCGGCGGCGAGGGAAAGGCAGCGGUGCCAUUGCUGGAGAAGAAGACCGAGGUGUACUUCGAUGGCUGCCCCGGCUGCGCCAUGGACCGCAGGAAGGCGGAGAACCCGGGGAUCCCGUACGACCUAUUCUUCCAUAUUUGGGUCAUCAACCUUGUCACCUGUAUGCCACUAUCGUCAUUAUUUCCAUACUUAUAUUUCAUGAUAAGGGAUUUGCACAUUGCAAAAAGAGUAGAAGAUAUUGGAUUCUAUGCUGGAUUCGUAGGUGCUGCAUAUAUGUUGGGUAGAACUUUGACUUCAAUAAUUUGGGGAAUUUUAGCGGAUCGCAUUGGUCGGAAGCCAGUUAUUGUGAUUACGAUUUUCUCAAUGCUCGUGUUCAACACCCUAUUUGGACUCAGCAUGCACUACUGGAUGGCAAUAGCUACCCGAUUUUUCCUUGGUUUCUUACAUGGUUCACUUGGCACAAUAAGA